GAGACGUGCGCGCGCGCUCGUGCGGGGAUGCGGCGGCGAUGGCGUGCGCGAGGCGGAUGAAAACUUUGGCGUCGACCUGCGUGAUCCUCAGCGGCAUGACCAACAUCGCGUGCCUGCUGUACGUCGGCUGGAUCACCGACUUCAUGAGCGAGAAAGAUCCGGAGAGAAAGUUGGAGGAGGACAGAGGAGAGACGCUGCGCAUCCUGGAGAGACUGGAGCGGCUGGAGACCGUCAUCAACUCACACAUACAAGAGAGGCCCCAGAAGGACAGGGACGAUGCAGCUGAUCUUUCUCUCUCAGACUCUCCUCUCUUCUCGCGUUGGGGCCGUGACCUGGGGCCCGAGAGCCGCCGCGUCGCUCUGCACAAGUUCCAGCACUACGGAUACAAUGCCUACCUCAGUGACCGUCUCUCACUGCACAGAGCCAUCCCUGACCUCAGGCCAGACGGGUGCAAAAACAUCUCCUACCAUGGCAGCUUGCCUCAGGUCAGCAUCGUCUUCAUCUUCGUGGACGAGGCCCUGUCGGUGAUCCUUCGCUCUGUCCAUUCGGCAAUGCGCCGGACGCCCUCGCACCUGCUAAGGGAGAUCAUCCUGGUGGAUGACAGCAGCAGCAACGCUGAACUGAGGGAAAACCUAAAGAAGUUUGUGGAGGAGAUUAACCAGCGGCACCCUGACUUCAUUAAGAUGGUGCGUCACACCAGGCAGGAGGGUCUGAUCCGUGCCCGCGUGAGCGGUUGGAGAGCAGCCAGCGCGCCGGUCGUGGCUCUGUUUGAUGCCCACGUGGAGUUUAAUGUAGGAUGGGCUGAACCCAUCCUGCACAGGAUCCAGGAGGACCGGCGGCGCAUCAUAUCUCCCUCUUUCGACAACAUUAAAUACGACACGUUCGAGGUGGAAGAGUAUCCUCUCUCAGCGCAUGGCUUCGACUGGGAGCUCUGGUGUCGCUACCUAAACCCGCCCAGAAGCUGGUGGAGUCAGAAGAACCACACAGCGCCCAUCAGAAGCCCCGCUCUGAUUGGCUGCUUUGUUGUGGACCGGCGGUACUUUGAGGAGAUCGGACUGCUGGAUGAAGGCAUGGAGGUGUACGGAGGCGAGAAUGUAGAGCUGGGAAUCAGGGUGUGGCUGUGUGGGGGUAGUGUAGAGGUUCUCCCCUGUUCCAGAAUAGCUCACAUCGAGCGCGCACACAAGCCGUACACGGACGACCUGGCAGGUCACGUGCGAAGGAACGCGUUCCGAGUGGCCGAGGUCUGGAUGGACGAGUUCAGGAACCAUGUAUACAUGGCCUGGAAUGUUCCACUGCAGAACUCAGGGAUCGAUAUUGGAGACAUCAGCGAGAGGAAGCUCCUGAGGGAGAGGCUGCGGUGUCGGCCCUUCCGCUGGUUCCUGAGGAAUAUUUACACUGAAAUGCGAACAUACGCUGACACCAUCGCUUAUGGGGAGCUGAGGAAUAGCUUUAGGCCGGACCUGUGCGUGGAUCAGGGGCCAGACUUGGACAACAUCCCCACCCUGUACCUGUGUCACGGAAUGACGCCUCAGAACGUGUACUACACCAGCUCGGGGCAGUUGCGCGUCGGCGUCUUGAGCCCAACUAUCGAUGACAACGAUAACAAGUGCCUGGUCGACGUGAAUGGGCGUCCGCGCCUGCUGGAGUGCAGCUACGCCGGGAACAAGCACAUGAAGCUCUCCUGGCUCUUCACUCAGGGAGGAUCGAUCCAGAACACUGAGUCAGGCUCCUGUCUCGAGCUCGUCCAGAGCAGGAGCGUAGAGGUCGGCUACCAGCUCGUCCUUCAGACGUGCACGACCCAGAAGUGGGCGAUUACGAACGUACUGACUACCAAAGCUCUCUGAGGGGCGCUGACACCUGCGGGACUGCACAUGAGGAUGUUUUUUUUGCUCCCUAAGAAACUCUGCCUUUAUAUCCAAAGGCUGUAUUUAGACAUUUUUUACUUAUAUGCAGUGCAUAUAACGAUUUAGAUGUUCAGCAGUUAAAGUCUCUAUAGCUGUGAGGAUGCUAAUCAUGUGUACAAACUACACCAUAGCGUGUUAACUAAAACCCGUCCAUUUAGUUUGUUUUUUUUCUUUUUUAAUGUUAUUUUAUUUAGUUUUCCCAUGUUAUCUAUUAUCAUCUGUGUUAAAGACAUGAAGCUGAUAAUUGGUGCAUUCUCGGUGUUCAGAUUGUUUAAAUAUAGUUAGUCUGUCCUCAUCAAAAAUUUUCUUAACGUCCACAAAAAAAGAGAGUUAUUCGGUGAUAAAAAAGUGCACCUGUAUUUGCAUACUAAACCAUAAUUGGGUCUUAUCUUAUACGAUUCUGACCUGCGUGCAUGGAGUUUGCUUGUUCUCUCCAUGCUUGGUGGUUUCCCUCUGGGUACCCUGGUUUCCUCCCUUAGACCUGAAGAGAGGGCUAAUAAGUAGAAAUGGUCGUAAAAAAUCUAUUUAGUUAAGUAUCGUGAUCUUUUUGUGUCUCAAUACAUGUAUCGCCAAAUUGAGGUUUUUUUUUUGUUUCGUUUUUUUAAUUUAUGUUUGUUUGCAUUUCAAGUGAUAAAAUCUUGCCAUUCCUCUAUAAUCCAGCAGGUGGUGCACUCUGAACUAUUCAGACAGCAAAGUACAGCUUAAUGUGAGCAAAUUAUUACCUAAGCUUGAUUAGAAUUGUAACAAAAUCAGAAAAAAAAAAAAGUUGUAUCAAAUUGGCACAUUUAUAAAAUCGUGAUACUUACAGAAUCACAAUACAAAUCAGAUCAGCACCGAGGUACUGUGAUAAUACAGUAUUGUACCGGGACGUCCCUGGUGAUUAGCAAGAUUUUACUGAGAUCUCACCUAAUGUGACAAAAAUCUGAAAAGAACAGUAAAAAAAAGUUGGAGUGUGUAAGUUAUCAGUUAAUAUUUGAAGUCUGCUUUAGUAAUUUAUUCGGCUCAACAUUUCAAAGCUGAAGACAUCAAUAGGACACGAGGACAGGAGGUAAUAAUGAAAGUGAAGGGACAGGAGGACGGUGUAACUCCAGAACGGAGGAUCGUGGCAGGAGUUCAAUUCAAUUCACUAAACUACCAUAACAAUGAUGAUUACAUUUUUCAUUUCUUUACUCUGUUUCCGCAGCAACGAGGCCAUGUUUUGCUCUUUUUUAAAUGUUUUGCCCUUGCCGUGUCUGAGUGAUGAUGAAGUGGUUUUUGAGACAUCGGGUUUGUUUUAGCAAAGUUACUUAAUGUGGGCUCUCUAGACUUUUACAGGUUUUAAUUCUAUUUAACAUAAAAAAAAAACCUUACAAAGUGUUUGUUCUGUUAGGAUUUUACAGAACACUGUAGUGUCUCAAAGGCUUUAAAAAACUGCAAAUUGACAACAUUUACACUUUGAGUUCUUCAAAUAGUCUCUCAAAUAUUGACUCCAUUAUACCCCGAUCAGCCAUAAUAUUAAAACCUGAAAACAUUAAGCUCAAUAUGGUGUCGGCCUCAGCUCUGACUCACAAGACCUCUGGGGGGGGGGGGGGUGCAGUGGCGUCUGGCACCGCAGACGGGGAGCAGCAGAUCCUUUAAGUCUCUUACGAUCCAUGGAUCAGACGUGUUUUUCCAACACAUCCCACAGAUGCUCGAUCAGAUUGAGAUCAGAAGAAUUUGGAGGCCGAGUCAACAUUUUAAAGUCUUUGUCAUGUUCCUUAAACCGUUCCUGAAGGGUGUGUGCAGUGUGCCGGAGCACAUUCUCCUGCUGAAGGAGGCCACUGCCAUCAGGGAGCACCGUUACCCAGGGUGGGGUCUCCGUGGAUCAGCAUCAAUGAUACAUUAGCUUUUCUGUGGGAUCGGACCGGACGGGCUGGUCUUCGGACCCCAUGGGCAUAAAUGAGCCUUGGGUGGCCAUGAUCCUGUAACCAGCGUACUGGUAUAUAACUGAUAAUCAAUGUUAAUGGUACAGGGUGCUAAUGUAAUGGCUGAUCGGUUUUAGAUUGUAUCAUGAUUGUAUUUAUUAAUGAAUCUUUUUGCUACUAUGUAGCAUGUAUGUGUACGUUUUCAGUUCAUUUCCCCUGAUUUUUUCCUUCUUGUGUGUCUCAGGUCUCUGUUCGAUGCAUACUAAGUUAAAACAUUUUUAUGAUCUUAAGACAUGAAAUGAUAUUUUGUCAAUGCAAAACAGUAUUUAU